AUGACCGUGAAAGACAUAACGACGAACAAAUAUGACACGAUCGUCACGAUGCUGGAAAUCCUAACGGAGAGGGCAUCUGCUACCUUGCGGAAUUCGACAGGGGCCCUAGAGGCGCUCGGGGAGCGGAUCACCACCUCGAUUGAAGAGAUGAGCAAGACAGUGACGGAUAAGCUAUGCCAGGCCCUAGCAGACACAAUGAAGGAGGUCUUGAUCGGCGUUAUGCAGGGGCAGGAACCAAACCCUGAGAACCGCCCCGCGACGCUGAAGAUGAUGGCGGCGGCGGUGCUGGGAGCGGCCGCGACACCGGAGGCCAGCCCGCCAGGAGAUGCGGCGGGCGCGCGUAGCGAAGCAGCGGCAGGCGCGAACGGCGGGGAGGCCGGGGGCUCGACUGGAGCCUCGGUGGUGGCUGGGGGCGCGGGCGGCGCCUCGGCGGCGGCCAGGGCGCAGGGGGUGGCAGCUGGCAGGGGGGCUGCGGCGCAGGGGAGUGUGGCCGGGGAGUCGGGCGCCAGGGCCGGCAGGGCGCAGGGAUGGCCGAUUCUUUGGGCCGAGGGCGGCCGAGGGAACGGGCAGGGGAGAACGGGCCACGCCUGCCUUUAG